CUUGCAACUCCCAUUCCGUUUCCGCCGAGAGGCCGAAAGGGCGUUGCCGCGAACCAGGGGCGAGCCGGCUGCCGCCAUGGAGAACGGGAUGCAGCUCCUGAACCGGGACGGCCACAGCAUCUCCCACAACUCCAAGAGGCACUACCACGACGCCUUUGUCUGCAUGAACCGCAUGAGGCAGCGGGGCCUCCUCUGCGACAUCGUGUUGCACGUGGCCGCCAAGGAGAUCAAGGCGCACAAGGUGGUGUUGGCCUCCUGCAGUCCCUACUUCCACGCCAUGUUCACGAAUGAGAUGAGCGAGAGCCGCCAGACUCACGUCACGCUCCACGACAUUGAUCCGCAGGCCCUGGAACAACUGGUCCAGUAUGCCUACACUGCUGAGAUCGUGGUGGGAGAAGGGAACGUCCAGACCUUGCUUCCUGCGGCCAGCCUGCUGCAGCUGAACGGGGUCCGCGAUGCCUGCUGCAAGUUCCUGUUGAGCCAGCUAGACCCCUCCAACUGCUUGGGCAUCCGGGGUUUCGCGGACACGCACUCCUGCAGCGAUCUCUUGAAAUCGGCCCAUAAGUACGUCUUACAGCACUUCGUGGAUGUCUCCAAGACGGAGGAAUUUAUGCUGCUGCCUCUCAAGCAGGUGUUAGAUCUCAUCUCCAGCGACAGCCUCAACGUGCCUUCGGAAGAGGAAGUUUACCGAGCCGUAUUGAGCUGGGUGAAGCAUGACGUGGACAGCAGGAAGCAGAAUAUUCCGCGACUCAUGAAGUGCGUCCGUCUUCCCCUGCUAAGCCGGGAUUUCCUCAUGAGCAACGUCGACACCGAACUGCUGGUGCGCCACCAUUCUGAGUGCAAGGACCUGCUCAUCGAGGCCCUCAAGUACCACUUGAUGCCCGAGCAGAGGGCGGUCCUGAGCAACAGCCGCACCCGUCCCCGGCGCUGCGAGGGGGCGAGCAUGGUGCUGUUUGCUGUGGGAGGAGGCAGCCUUUUCGCAAUCCACGGGGAUUGCGAAGCCUACGACACGAGGACCGACCGCUGGCACAUGGUUGCUUCCAUGUCCACCCGCCGGGCCAGGGUGGGGGUUGCGGCAAUUGGGAACAAGCUCUACGCCGUGGGUGGUUACGACGGAACGUCCGACUUGGCCACUGUGGAGUCGUACGACCCCGUCACCAACUCGUGGCAGACGGAGGUCUCCAUGGGGACCAGAAGGAGCUGCCUUGGGGUCGCAGCCUUGCAUGGACUCCUGUAUGCUGCUGGAGGCUACGAUGGAGCAUCAUGUCUGAAUAGUGCUGAAAGAUAUGAUCCACUAACAGGCACCUGGACCAGCAUCACUGCUAUGAGCACCAGGAGAAGAUACGUCCGGGUAGCAACAUUAGAUGGCAACCUCUACGCUGUUGGAGGAUACGACAGUUCCUCACACUUGGCAACUGUGGAGAAGUAUGACCCACAGAUCAACACGUGGACGCCGAUUGCCAACAUGCUCAGCCGCCGUAGUAGUGCAGGCGUGGCAGUCUUGGAAGGGAUGUUGUACGUGGCCGGCGGGAACGACGGGACCAGUUGCCUUAACUCAGUGGAGCGCUACAACCCCAAAACCAAUACCUGGGAAAGCGUCGCCCCCAUGAAUAUCCGGAGAAGCACCCAUGACUUGGUGGCCAUGGAAGGCUGGCUCUACGCCGUCGGUGGGAACGACGGGAGCUCCAGCCUCAACUCCAUUGAAAAGUACAACCCGCGGACCAACAAGUGGGUGGCGGCCUCGUGCAUGUUCACCCGGCGUAGCAGCGUGGGUGUGGCGGUGCUGGAACUCCUCAACUUCCCACCCCCUUCCUCGCCCACCCUGUCGGUGUCCUCGACGAGUCUUUGACGAAGAACCCCGUCGUUCCUCGCCUCGAGCGGACUGCAGCGUCUGUGGGAGCGCGAAGCCGGCUUGGUCUGGCCCCUGCGGAAGCCGCUCUCUGUAAAGGGGGUGCUGCACCCAGACCAUUGUGGUCCAGACACUUUCCCCAGGGGCCCGUUUCAAGAGGGGAUCUCCUUAAAAAGAAAUAAUAGAGCAGAAGGAAAUAGAAAACAAGAACUCUCUGCGUGUCCAUCGUUGAUUUCGCCAUAACUAGACCGGUGCCGCCUGGUUCUCUUCGACCAGACUCAACCACCUUCGAGUUCCAUGGUUCAGCGUGAUCGCCGGAUUCAUCUCAUGCCACAGACCGAGAUUGGCAAUGACAAAAAUCCAGAAACGGGAACAAUCUAAGCCAACUACACCGGCAAUGGGGUUAUUGCGUAGGCUGUGCCAACAGCAGAAUCUAAGCUGUGAACGUCACAAUUAGCCAAAAACUUCUUACCAAACUUACAGUAUACUGUCUGAAGGUGAGGAGGCGAGGCCUCUCACUUGGUGUCUAUCGAAAGAGAUGCCUUAACCAGAAACACAAAACAGGGCUGAGAUGAUCACAGAUCCUCUCAAUGUUCUCCAUGUCUUUCCCAUCGAUCGAUCGGCCAGCUCAUCUGCUGCCAGUUCGGACAUCCCCUUGCCAUCGGUUCCGGCACGCGUUUGGAGUUGUGCCCACGGGGUCGCUCAGCGCCUCAUCCGAACUGGGAAGAAGUUGGUCAAAGUUAGGGCUGGUGCUUUUGUGAGUCCACUGUGGACAGUGUGGAGUGGAUUUUAUAGUUGUAUGGGCGCUCGUGGCGUUGCUUGACUGGCUCGCCUUUGGCUUCCCUGCUUGCAUUUGAACACUGAAGAUGAGGGCCUUUUAAACUUAUUUUUCAACAUUUGUCAGUCAGUCUGCUGCCUGCCUUCUUCCUAUUUAUUUACUUAUUUAUUAUUUAAAUUAGAGGGUUUGCCGGACAGGAAACGGCUGCUACGGCACUUUGUUAAUCUACUGUGAGUUAAAGCAGUGGGCGCCAUGUACUGAAGUGAUUGCCUGCUUGGGGAAACCUUGUGCAAAAUAUUCUUGUGAAUUAACCAAGGGAGGCCUAAUAAUACAGCCUGCCUUUUGAAUGGACAAAUCUGGCAUUCUGCAUCUCAUCUUUUUGGCCCUACGAUAGGCCAGACGUUUGUUCCAGAGCCUCGUCCAACAACUCCUGUCUAAAAAUGGUCUGAUUUCAGAGUAUUAUCUUACAACGCUCGUUCCUUUAAGUGAGUGUGAAACUACAGAAUACUGCUGCGUAAUGUGGAUUUUGCUCUCAAAGCGCUAACAAGGGGGUAAAAAAAAUUCUUACGGAGGGCAACAUGGUGCCACCUAAUUUGGAGGAAUUCUUUUUCAAGCAAGAAGAUGCACUCGCGUUGGAGGACUUGCCUGGGAACGUCGGCAACUCUCGUGUUGACCCAGCACUGAAAUCAAACGUCUUGAAUUGGGUUUGGACUGCAAAGCCCAGCUUGGAUGCCAACCUGCCAUGAAAAACUUUGGGGGGGGAGGGAGAGGAAAGGAAGUUGCUUGAAGAUAGGUUCCACUGCGUUGGAUGACAUCGUCUUUGCAGUUUGGGCGCAAAAGUGAGGAUUUUGAGAGACCAUCUGGGACGACGGAUAAAGCUCUCUGCUUUAUCCCACGGUCACCCAAUGAUCCGAGCUGACUUUAUCGGUUACCGCUCUGCUGCUUCUGUUUUCUAUUUUAUUUAUUUGUUUGUUUGGCCACCGGUUUUAUCGUGGCAAUAGCAGGCCAGUUUGCAGCGAUACUAGGUGGGGCUGGGGUGGGUUCAUCACCCCUCUUUCCUGAAGGGAGUCUGUCUGUGUCGAGGGACCUCCAACUUGCAAGCUUAGGAGCUUAAUAAUUAGAGGCAACUUCAAAUUCGCCCCAGGUGGCCGCGUUUCUGGGUCAGGAUCCACCCCAGAAGUGCUGCCCCAAAAGUCAGGGUGCUAACAGCAAAAGCUGUGGGUUGGGUUCAUAUAUCAAGCCAUGGCUGAACAUGUCCUUCUAGGACUAGUCCAUAAGCCCAUGCUUUGCAGACCACAAUUGUUGAGCUUCCAUAGCUGGCUAAGCCACAGCCAGAUUGUCUAAUGCUUGCCAUUUUUGUUAGCAGAACAGCUUAUGGAUCCACACCUUCAGUUCUCCAACCCAUAUGGCCAUGGCUGGGAAUUCUGGGAGUUGAAGUCCACCCAUCUGGACUUCAGUUUGGGGGAAGCUGGCGUGAAACCACCUACAGGACUUUAGUCAACAAGCAUGGUUGUGCGACCUACCCCCAGGGGUGAAUCCAAAAGCCAAGAUUUAUCCCCACUUUGUUGUGUCCAUGGUUGAGAUUGAAAAGCAUCGUUGGUUAGCUUUUAAGGGACGUUUGCAAAAAGACAGUUCGAACAAGCAUUUCCGUAAAACUGUAUUACUUUCCUAGCUCCACUGGUAUCGUGCUCAGCCUUCCACCCAGAUGCCCGCAUUGGAGAGCAAGGUGGACCUUGGAGGAAAAGAGCUUCUGAACGUGCUUUUCCAAAACCUGAGGGCUCUGGGUGAAAAAGCUUUUAUCAGGGUUUUACCAGUUGCAUUCAUUUUGGGAGAUUUGUUUUCGUGGUGUUUUAUUUUUUUUUUACAAGUGCCUUCACUUUGCUUUUGGGGUCGCUCGGUGGGCCAGAUUACAUGUGCCGAGCAAAGCCUGUGGGAUCUCCUCUGCUAGUUUCAUCCAUCUGUGCCGGAGUGGGGUAGAAAAGGCUCGCCAUCAGAAAAUGUCGAUAAAAUGCCUUUUCACACCUACAGUCGCGUGCAGCCCAAAGAUGAUUCAGUUGCAAUGCUUGGAGUUCCUCCGAGCAAUCUCCAUUUUCAAGGUCUCCGUGGUCCCCAGAUCAGACGUUCCCAAUUUGUCGUGGGAAACGGGUUACAAACGCCAGAGAUUUUUGCCCCGAGAUUUAUCCUUAGAGAAGGCCUACCUGACUUUUCUCAAGUAGCUUCUGAAUUCCUGGCCUGAGGACCACAGAAGGAAAAAGGGAAGUGUCACCUGUCAGAUUUGCUCUUCACACCCCUGAAGCGAAAAUGUGUAAGGCGGAAGAAAAGCCUUGCUGCAGUGAGUCCCUGAGACCUUCCUUUGGGGGUGUGGGAGAUGACUUUUUUGCAGAGAACUUACUUGGGUCAGGGUCACUUCAUUCCUGGAGAUGGGAAGGGACCAACGGAUGGGAUUUUUCAUCCUUUUUGCUAGAGUUCAAGUGGCAUCUGGGAAGGCACUGAGCUUUGCAACCAUAGAGGAUGAUGUGGGCUUAACAAUGAGGAAGAAGGAAUUGCCAGCUGUUGUCCUUGUUAAAGCCUUUUUUGCUCACUCCCUUUUUCCCCCUUCUUCCCAGUUCAGCCUAAAGCCCUUUGAAGUUCUUCCCAUCUGAAGUACAUUAGUGCAUUAAUGGCCAACCCAAGUCUGCUACAGUUGGGGACACUUUGUCAUUCAGAAUAGAGCUUGUAUUCUGUGUGUAGCAAAAGCUGCUGGGAGGAGAAGGAAGGAAGGAAGGAAGGAAGGAAGGAAGG